UCGGUGGUGUUGCGCAUGCGCUGUGCACCUGAAACCUACAGUUGACAUGAGCACAUACACGACUCUGCCGGGACUGUAGCCUUAUAACGUGAUUUGCCACUAUUCAACUGAAAGAAACGGUGUCAGUUUAAAAAGGUAAUUUUAUCUAAGACACAAGCCAUUAGUGUAUCCUCACAGAAAUUACAGAGAGGAGAGGUUAAUAUUCGUCCUUUAAAUUCCCGGGGAUCCUUCAGCUUGCCCUGAUGAAGGCUGAGCCAGACGGAGACCUCCUGGAAGCUAACUCCCAGCAGGAAAAUGGAGUCCAGACAAACCAUUACAGCUCAAUCACUCCUCCUUCCUCACCAGUGGUGCAGGAAGAAGCCUUUUCCACCUACUUUGAGGAAAGGGUACCCAUUCCAGAGAGUGCUAACCAGUUGUUCAGUUUCCGUAAACUCUGGGCCUUCACUGGACCUGGGUUUUUGAUGAGCAUUGCUUACUUGGAUCCAGGGAAUAUUGAGUCAGAUCUGCAGUCUGGAGCUAAAGCUGGCUUUAAGCUCCUAUGGGUGCUCCUCGGAGCCACCAUCAUUGGGCUGCUAUUACAGAGAUUGGCCGCACGCCUCGGGGUUGUCACAGGGAUGCAUCUAGCUGAAGUCUGCAACCGCCAGUAUCCCACUGUUCCCCGGAUCAUCCUUUGGUUGAUGGUUGAACUGGCUAUUAUUGGCUCAGACAUGCAGGAGGUCAUUGGAUGUGCUAUAGCUUUCAACCUUCUAUCAGUGGGCCGGAUCCCACUGUGGGCUGGAGUUCUCAUCACCAUCACAGACACAAUUGUGUUCCUCUUUUUAGACAAAUAUGGCCUGAGGAAACUUGAGGCUUUCUUUGGUGUUCUGAUCAGUAUAAUGGCUAUUAGUUUUGGUUACGAGUAUGUGCUGGUGAAACCAGACCAAGGAGAGCUCCUAAAGGGCAUGUUUUUACCCUACUGUGCCGACUGUGGGCCUGUUCAGCUGGAGCAGGCUGUGGGAAUUGUAGGUGCUGUCAUCAUGCCCCACAACAUCUAUCUGCACUCGGCACUGGUCAAGUCCCGGGAAAUUGAUCGGAAAAAUAAGAAAGAAGUAAAAGAAGCAAACAAGUACUUUUUUAUUGAGUCCACGAUCGCGCUCUUCGUGUCCUUCCUCAUAAAUGUCUUCGUUGUGGCAGUCUUUGCUCAGGCCUUUUACAAUAAAACCAACAUGGAGGUGAAUGCUGAGUGUAAUGCAACUGGAAGUCCUCACACAGACCUCUUCCCUCUGAACAAUAAAACUCUGGAGGUGGACAUUUACAAAGGGGGAGUGGUCCUGGGCUGUUUCUUUGGUCCUGCAGCUCUCUACAUCUGGGCCAUAGGGAUUCUGGCAGCUGGACAGAGCUCCACCAUGACAGGCACCUACUCUGGACAGUUUGUCAUGGAGGGAUUCCUUAACCUGAGGUGGUCUCGUUUUGCUCGGGUGCUACUGACUCGCUCCAUCGCCAUUACACCUACACUACUGGUGGCCAUUUUCCAAGAUGUUCGGCAUCUAACUGGAAUGAAUGACUUCCUCAAUGUGCUUCAAAGCAUGCAGCUUCCAUUUGCUUUGAUCCCAAUUCUGACUUUCACCAGCCUGAGGACCAUAAUGGACGACUUUGCUAACGGACUGUUUUGGAAGAUCAGUGGAAGCAUCGUCAUCCUGGUUGUUUGCGCAAUCAACAUGUACUUUGUGAUCGUGUACGUGACAGCGCUGAACAGCGUGCUGCUCUAUGUUUUGGCUGCUUUCCUCUCCCUGGGCUAUCUCUGCUUUGUGGGCUACCUGGCAUGGCACUGUCUGAUUGCUUUGGGGGUAUCCCGUCUGGACUUUGGCAGCAGGGUGCCAUGGGGACUAUCUCGUCACACGGACUUGUACUUACUGAAUGAUAUGGACUCAGAUACGAUAGAUGAGAGAUAAAUAACUCUCUGAUCGGGUGCUGAACUCUGGUGAUGGCAGACAGACGGCCUAGAUGAAAUAAGGGACCACUGGAACCAGUAUGAUUUUGUCUUCAUCUCAUGGUGCCUAAUGGGGUUAAAAGUGUCCUUAUAAUGUACCCAGAGACAUCAGAAUCUGAAACAUAGAUGUCCGUCAUAGCAAAUUUCACAGCAGCCUUCAUGAUUAUUCUGGGGGAAGAGUGAGAUAGCUAAUCCACAGAAGUAAUCACAACUGGCUUAGUACUGAAGUAAGAUAAAUGAUAUCUUUAUAAAUAAUAAUAAAAAAGAGUAAAGGUAGUGACAGUUGCCAAGCAAACGCUAACUGUACUUGGACUGAGAAUGAUCAAUUUAUAAAUUGCCUCAUGAGUAAAUUACCAAAGCUCUAAGUUUAGAGAACCAGUAGUGUACUGUUUUUUAAUUUUGUAUCUAUUGAGUGGUUUCUGAUGCCACAUUCAGGAUCUGAUAGAUUUUUUAAAAACUUUUUAUGCUUUUUUAACCUAUAUAUUAUUUUUCUUUAAUGUAGCUUGACAUAAAACUAUGGGAUUUUUGUCCUACGUCCACACAGAAUACCAGCAAAAAACAUGUAUAAAUGUGAGCUAUGUAUAAAUACAUAUCAUGAACAUCACCAUUUGUUCCCAAUCUUUAUGUCUUUGUUGGGGACCAAACGGCUUCCCAUCAUUCUGCUAAAUAUUAAAGUAAAUUAUACCUUUAAGAUAUUUGUAUUAAAAUUUAAACCUAUUUCCUGAUUACAAUAUUUAAGAUGUACAUAACCCCCUAGAUUUAUGCAAACUAUUUAUGUGUGAUUGAUCACACUUUAUUCCAAUACAGCAUAUAAGAGAUGGCAGUUUUAUGUCAGUCUCAGUUGUAGUUAUACAAAAUAUUUUAAAGACCUGUUCACUUCUCAAGUGCAAGUUUAAGGUUUAUUCUCAAUUCAGUGUUUAAAACACCUUUGUUUUCUGGCAUACUCUAUUUCUGCCGGCUGCAAGCCUCAUGAGAAACUCGGUUUGCUCUGAUUACUCAGAAGUAGUUGAGCAGGUGAGGAGCUGCUGAUUUGAAAAAAAAUGUUUAGCAUUUUUGUGGAACACCUCAUUAACCUCUAUGCAUUCUUUAUGCAAAUGAGUUUCAUGGUGAUUUGCACACACAAGUGAAAAAAGCACAGACUCCUAAUGUGGGAGAAAAAAAACUAACAGGUGUUAAAAUUUUCAAAACAUGGAGCAAUAUAGCUUUAAAUCACCUUGAGAGGAAGUUAAAAAUCCCAAAAGCAACAUAAGUGAAUUGCAGUUUUUUCAUAGUUAUGUAUUCUGUCUGUAAUUCCAAGUUUUAUUAAUGUAAGAUUAUUGUAUGUUAUUGCAAAAAAGAAUGGAAAUCAAAUAUUUGCCGUUUCCUUGCUGUAGUGCAGCAGACAGAAAAUGUAAAGGGUCUUUAAAGACGAAUUUUUCUUAGAAUAUUAAGUGCUGAACGUACAAGCUGGUGUCCAAUCAUCCUUCACAUCCAUCAUUAAUGAGUUUAUGCACAUUUGAAAAUACUGUUUACUAAAAUCUAUCCCUUCUUCCCAACCAAGGUCAAUUUGCUUUAAGAUGUCUUUAUUCGCUGCAUGUAUCUCACUUUUCUAAAUUAUCAUUUAUCUAGUUUGUAGUUUAACUACUACUUUUAUUUGAAUUUUUCAUUUUGUUCUGUUUCUGCUUUAAGAUAAAUAUGAUUAUAGUCUUGCUGAAAGGACGCCGAAAGUAUGCAGAUGGACAAUUUGUGUGUGUCUGUGUGUGUGCAGCACAGCACGUCAUUUCUGUAAUGAAUGUAGAGGGAAAAAGCUGGCAGCUGAGGUGAACCCGUGAGGUGUAUAUAUAUAUAUAUAUACUGUAUGUUAGAGACAGGCGGCCUCACAACUUACAUGCAAGAUUCCUGUAGCCAUUACACUUCAAUAUAUGUCCUAUGGUCUACUUGAAUAUUUAAACUACUACGGUAUAAAUGUGUUUGUUUUUCAGUACAGCAAAAGUUGAGAUAGGAAAAUUAGCCAAAUUUCUCCUUUAACUGGACAUGAAAAUGAACUGAUACUGUAAGCCAUAGUUAUUCUGCAAUGUCAAUGCCUCCUGUGCUCACCGAAGUGCCUCAAUUACUGGGUCACCAGCAUAUAUCUAUAUUUGAACAAAAAAAAUGAAUGACGUUAUUGGAAGAAGUCUCACUUAAAAGAACUUAAAGCAAUGUUACUAUUUGUUUUAUGAAAUAUGUGCUGUAUGUUUAUCUACAUGUGAAAUUUGGUCGUUUGCAUCAUGUCUGCCAUUUAAUGUAUUCUACCAUAUUAUAUAUAUAUAUAAAUAUAUAUAUAUAUAUAUAGGGAGAGAGAGAGAGAGAGAGAGAGAGAGAGAGAGACUAUGUUUAUUAUUGUUAUUCUUGUACACAGGCUGUCAAUAUUGUUCCAUAAUAAAUAAUUGUGCCUACAGUUUUAUUGUGUCCUCCUUUAAAUAACUUUUUUUUUUUUCUUUAACUUUACCCGAAAGUGUAUAGUGAAGGGUUUGA